CAAAUUAAAGCCCGGCCUCCUCAUAUAUAUUGCAUGCGUACAACUACACACUAUUAUUAGAGUACUUUUUGUAUAUAUCAUGUCCACUUCAUCAAGAAGUUUGCUGAAGGUGAUUGUGCUGGGAGAUUGCGGAGUGGGGAAGACUUCUCUGGUGAAUCAAUAUGUAUACAAGAAAUUCAGAGAGCAGUACAAGGCAACAAUAGGGGCGGAUUUUGUGACCAAAGAAGUAGAGGUUGAUGAAAAAGUUGUCACUUUGCAAUUGUUGCAGAUUUGGGAUACAGCAGGGCAGGAAAGAUUUCACAGCCUAGGAGUCGCGUUUUACAGAGGAGCAGAUUGCUGCGUUCUUGUCUAUGAUGUCAAUGCACCUAAAUCGUUCGAGACUCUUCAACACUGGCAUGAAGAGUUCAUCAAGCAGGCAGGGUUGACAGAACCUGAGAAAUUCCCCUUCAUAUUAAUGGGAAACAAAGCAGAUUUAGAAAGCGAAGAAAGGAAUGAUGAAACAAUAUCUGAGAAGAGAGCAAGGGAAUGGUGCACUUCCAAGGGAAACAUACCUUACUUCAUUACCUCCGCCAAGGAGGAUUACAACGUCGGUGCUGCAUUUCUUUGUGCUGCAAAACUCGCACUCGCCAAUGAAGAUGAAAACAGUUUUUGGCAGGUACUAGAAGAGGAAAUGCCAUCACAUAUACAUCUUCAGAGAAUACCAGAAUCCGUAUCAGGAAUCGAGCAGCAGAAAGGAGGAUGUGCAUGCUGAAUCCCUAAAUACAUUGCGUAGCGACCUUACGUACAGUAUCAUUUAUUUGGAAAGUUGUACACUUGCAUUGCACAUUACUUUUUAUACGCAGAUCGAAUUGAAUUCCUCAUACUUUUGAACAUAUCUUCUAGUGACGUUUGUUGAUGAAUCAAAUGGUUAAAAGAAAAUUGGUUGCAUUUAA